GGAGUUGCUCUGGGAGCACCGCUCGGCGCAGCAGCACCAGCGCAACCAGCAGCGCAACGGGAACCAGCAGCACCAGACCAACCAGGGCACAAUGCCGAUGGCACCGUGGCAGGGAUGGCAGUGUAUGAACAACAGGUGCAGAGCAUGGAACGCGGAUGCUCAGUGGUGGUGCAAGUGUGGUCAGCCGUGGAAUGGCAAAGUGCGAAGCUGUAAGAAGAUCGACGGAGACAACACGAAGCGGAACACACAUAAAAAUAAGCAGGACAGGGCCAUCCAAGACGUGAUCAAAGCCACGGCACCAUCGACGGACCGAGAAGCAAGGACCAAUAAGAGAUACGAGGGCCCUCCGACGGACCACGAAAUGCUGCGCGCCUUCAAGCACAAGGCGGAGAAGGAGAUGAGGAUAUUAGCAGGGAUUAUAGUAGCCAAGCGCCAGGACCAGCAAUCUGUCAUGCAGGAGGCCAGGGACAUGGCGGCCCUGAAGCACAUGAAGGUGAUAACGCAACCUGCGAAGAAGAAGAUGCACGAGCUCCGAGCAACUCGAGACCGACUACACGGGAAGCUGGCGUCCCUGAGAAAGCAGCACAAACAGACGGAUGAAGAAAUGCAGAAAACGGAGAGGGAGCUAAAGUUGGCGAUCAAGCAUCUGACGGAGCAAGAAGCGAUCGCCGACGAGGACGAGCUGGAAAUGGCGGACAUCUCCAGCUCCGAGGACGGCAGCACGGACAGCGAA